AUGGCUUGCACAUCAAAAGAAUAGUUUCACUAAGAUAUUAAUGAAUUAAAUUAGGAAUUGAAACCUUAAGAGUAAAUUUCUACAGUACAAACCAUGAAAUUAAAUAGAGGGGGUCUUAUUAUUAAGACAAGUGAAGGUCCUAUUUAGUUUGGAUUACCUCCAGAAACUGUUAAAGAUUCAAUGUCUUUAGGAGUAGAAGUCCCUACAUUUUAUAUUAUACCUACCUAGAGAUUCAAUAAAUAAUUUGGAAUCAAUGUUGCUGAAUUUGAAUUUCCAGCUUAUUUCAAUUUCUUUAUUAAAAAAAGAUAAGUAACAUUGAUAUGCGAUACUGAAACUGCAAACUCAAUUAAGAUAGUUUUUUAAGAAACAUUGUUAGGUCCUAAAGAUUUUAGUGUAAUAUUUUAGUAUAUAGCUUAUAGUAAAUUUAAAAUGAUUAUCAUCCUGAUGUAGAUCCUAUUGAAUAUGUAGAUUUUAAGAAAGAAUUGGCAAUAUUUGCAAAAAAUCCUAUGAAUUUGAAUGAAAAACUUACUUCAGAAACAUUAUUAAAAUUUGUUAUUUUUGAGAAUAAUGUAGCUUAAAUAGGGAAAGUAAAAAUUGUUAAAGAAGAAAAAGAAUUUACAAUAUAUGAUAAUGAUAAUCUAUUGAUAAGUUUCCCUGAUAAAUUUAGUUUUCCUAAAGAAUAUGAUAAAUUAUUAUCAUUACAUAAAAUAGAUAGUUCAGGAAAAUCUGAAAUAACUCCUCCAUCAUUAUUAAUAAUGAAAAAGAUGAAACAUGGUAAAAAACCUCCAAGCUUGACUUAAAAUUUUGAUGAAGUUGAUUCUGAUGAAGAUGAUCAAGAAAUAGGAAGUAUGCCAAAUUUAUUGUUAUGGAAUAAAAAUGGAGAAGCUAAAUUAUAAAAAAAAGGAAGUAUAGAACUUAAUGAAGGUCUUACAUUUUAAGCUCCUGAAUUUGGUGUAACAGUUUUAGGAUGUGUAAAUAUAAUAAAUUAAAUUAGUCUCAUGGAUUUGAUCCAAAAGGUUCUACAUCUGGUUAUAUAUUUUGGAUUAAUGGAAGAGGAAUUAUGGUAGAUCCUCCUCCAUAUACUAGUUAUCAUUUAAAAAAGAUGGGAAUUCCACCUAUGAUGAUUAGUGCUAUUAUAAUAAGUCAUUGUCAUGCUGAUCAUGAUGCAGGAGCAUUUCAUAAAAUUCUAGAUGACAGUAAAGUUGAAAUAAUCACAACAAGAACUAUUAUGUAUUCAUUUUUAAGAAAAUAUUCUGCAAUUUCUAAUUUAUCAUAAGAAUAAAUUAAAAGUUUAUUUAUAUUUAGACCUGCUAUAUUAGGAGUUCCUUUAAAUAUAUAUGGAGCAGAAUUUGAAUUCUUUUAUGCUUUUCAUUCUAUUCCUUGUAUUGGAUUCAGAGUUAAAUAUCAAAACAAAUCUAUUUAUUUUAGUGGAGAUACAUUUUAUGAUCCUGUUAAAAUAGAAGAAUUAUAUAAAUAAGGACAUUUAAAUUAAGCAAGAUGUAGAUAAUUGAAUUCUCCAAAAUUCACUGAAGAUAUUAUUUUACAUGAGGCUGGAGUUCCUCCUAUACAUACAUCUUAGACUGUUUUAUCAUAAUUACCUAAUUAAGUUAAAAAUCGAAUGUAUUUAGUACAUGUAGCUGCAAAAGAUGUACUAAAAGGAUCUGGAUUGAAAGUAGCAAAACCAGGGAUUGAAAAUACUCUAAUUUUAAUUAGACCAAAUGUCUAAUAAGAUAUACCUUUAAAUAGAAAAAUGGAUAUAAUAAGUAGAAUUGACAUUUUUGAUAAAUUAACUUUGAAUAAUGCUAAAUUCUUAAUGGAUGCUCUAAAAUUAGAAAAGUAUAAGGAAGGAGAGUUAGUAAUUUAAGAGAAUUAAGAGGGACAUAAAUUUUAUAUUAUUGAAUCUGGUUUAGCUAAAGUGUUUUCUGAUUAGAAGUAGAAUAAAUUUUAAAGAUAUUUAUAAACUGGAGAUUAUUUUGGAGAGUCUGCUUUAAUUUAAACUGGAAGAAGAAAAGCUUCAGUACUUGCUGUUACAGAUUUAAGGGUAUUAAGUCUUGAUAAACAUGAUUUCUGGUUUAUAUUUGGUGAUGGAUUUGAAGGAUAAGGACCAGUAAUUGAAUAAAUGAUGUAAUUGAUGGAAGCAAGAAAAUAAUAAGCAAUAUAAAUUUUAUUUAAGUAAGAAAUUAUUAAUUUAUUUAGAAAUUCACAUUUUUCAUAAUUGACUCCUACUUAAAAAACAUAAUUAGAAAUGAUUAUGUAAUAAUAAGAUAUUAGUAAAGGUCAAAUUUUAUGGAAGAAAGAUGAUGAAGCAACUUUUGUAUUUUUCAUUAGAAAAGGAGCAUUUGUGUUUAUUGAUUGUGAUGAAGCAGUAAAAUAAUUAAAUAAACUAGAAAUUGGAAGAAUUUGAUUCUGGUUCAUUUAUAGGUGAAAUUAACGCUAUUUUGAAAGGUGAAAAAUUAACAACAACAGUUAAGGCUGUUAGAGAGGGAUCUAUUUUAAAAAUAGAAGCCAAUGCUUUUGUAAAAUUUUUAUAACGUAAUCCUGGAUUAUUAUUGUUAUUACAAGAAUAUAAAUAUUUAGAAUGACA